AUGGUCAGAAUUGUAAAAGGAAUCCAAGAUAAAAAUGACACAGAUGUGACAGAAUUUAUCCUUCUGGGCCUCUCAGACAAUCCAGACCUACAACAUUUCCUCUUUAUAUUGUUUCUGAUCAUCUACAUGGUGACACUGGUGGGUAAUUUAGGGAUGAUGGCCCUGAUUAAGAUUGACCGCUGUCUGCACACACCUAUGUACUUUUUUCUUAGCAGCCUUUCUUUUGUUGAUGCCUCUUCCUCAUCUACAGUCACCCCUAAAAUGCUGCUGAACCUCAUGGCUGAAGAUAAGAGCAUUUCUUUCAAUGGAUGUGCUACCCAGUUCUUCUUCUUUGGCUCUUUCUUGGGAACUGAAUGCUUCCUGUUAGCCAUGAUGGCCUAUGACCGCUAUGCGGCCAUCUGGAGUCCCCUCCUAUACCCAGUUCUCAUGUCUGGGAGAAUUUGUUUCAUGUUCGUGUCUACUUCAUUUCUAGCAGGGUUUGGCAAUGCAGCCAUCCACACAGGAAUGACUUUCCGACUGUCCUUUUGUGCCUCUAAUAAGAUCAAUCAUUUCUAUUGUGACACACCACCCCUACUCAAACUCUCUUGCUCUGACAUCCAUACGAAUGGCAUUGUGAUCAUGAUUUUUUCCAGUUUUACUGUUCUCAUCUGUGUUCUCAUUGUUCUCAUUUCUUACCUGUGCAUCCUCAUUGCCAUAUUGAAAAUGUCUUCUGCAGAGGGAAGACACAAAGCCUUCUCCACCUGCUCCUCCCAUCUGAUGGCUGUUACUAUCUUCUUUGGUUCAAUUCUCUUUAUGUACUUGCGACCUACUACUAGCUACUCUAUGGAACAAGACAAGGUCGUCUCUGUGUUUUAUACAGUAGUGAUCCCCAUGCUUAAUCCUCUCAUCUACAGUUUAAAAAAUAAAGAUGUGAAAGAGGCAGUAAAAAAAAUCAUACAGAAACACAUUCUAUAA